AUGGGGGCUGCCAAUCCCCAACACUUUGCUAAUAGGGACCCCCCAGGUUUUCAAUCUCAAUUACCCGCAUUGGAGGCUCCACCACAAGCAAACUUGGAGGCCAUGAUGAGCAUGUUAUUGAAAUCUCAAAUGCAAAGUGAUGAGAGGAUCAAACAAAUGAAUGAGAGAUUGGAACAAUUGAGCACCCAUAACAAGAUACUAAAAAAUCAACUUGCCAAUCAAGCUUCUACAUCUAGCACGAGAGUCACUGGGAAGUUGCCAGCUAGUACUGAAAAUUCAAGGGAGCAUGUUAAUGCAAUUGUCACAAGAAGCAGCAAGAUACUUGAAGAACCACCCCUUCCAACCAAAAACUCAAGUAACACUAUUGAAGAGGAGAUUGAAAAGAUACUUGAUGAGGAAGAAGUUGAACCAGCUGUUGUGAAGAAUAAUCCACAAGUUCAUGAGGAGGUAGAGAAGCCCGUGAGAAGGGACAUUCUCGCCAAGAAGAAGAAAUUUGGUGAUCAUGAGAUGGUGGCUAUUGCACAAGAGUAUAGGGCUUUGACACGUAGUGAAAGUAGGAGCAUAUUGAAGCAUAGAGAUCCGGGAAGAUUCGCAAUUCAUGUUUUAUUGGAGGUCUUUACUACUAGUCCAAUUGGAAUUCUUGAGGAUGUUCAAGUCUAUGUUGACAAAUAUUUUGUGCCUUGUGACUUCAUUGUGAUAGAUGCCCCAGAGAACCCCGAUACUCCCAUCAUCUUAGGGAGACCUUUCUUGGUCACAACUGGAGCAAUAAUUGAUGCAAGAAAGGGGUCCAUGAUUUUUGACUUUGGAGAGGAAAAAGUUGAAUUUAAUGUUAUUAAUGAGCCAAAGACCACUGGUGUUAAAGAUUGCUCUAUGAUUCAUAGCAAGCCCCUUGACAUGACAUUGGAGCAUGCAAAGUGGAACAGCUUUUUUGGGUAUGGAUUCACUCUCGAAGAUCUACCAGAUUGA